GAUAGUUGCAGUGCCAAAUAAAUCAGUGUGCCGAUAAUUGGCUAGUUUAUCUAUAGGUGUCGACCCGAUUACACGCCGCACAAUGGCUGACGAAGUCAUGGAUUACGAAGACGCGCCAAAAAUCAACAUCGCUGGCGCCAUCGGCGAAAAACUACAAGAGUCCAUCAAAAACAUGGACGUAAUGUCUAUGCUCAGAAACAUGGUCGACCAAGUACCUCAAGACGAGGAUGCUGAGGGUGUCCAAGAUAGACUAAAAGAUGUCAUAGAGAAAUAUAACGCCAUGACAGAUGAGGAAAGGGAAGAGUUUACCAGUAAAAUGAAGGAGGCCAUAGUGAGCAAGAUCUCGAUGAAAUUGCAGGAUCCUAAUGCGUUUGAUAUGAGCGGGAUUCAGGAGGCCAUUGAGGAGGCUGUUAGGUUUCAGCUGAUGUUGAUUGGUGGAGCUGCUAUUCUGUUCCUGAUACUUUUAGUAUUCUUCGGUUACAAACUCUACAAGUCCAUAAAAGACAAAGAAGUAAAAAGAGAAGAAAAGAAGAAAGCCAAGCAGAUGAAGAAGAAGAAAUGACCUACCGACCUGGCCAUCGAUAAACUGUACUCUAGUUUUUAUCGUUUUAUCGCUGUGGAUAAAACUUGUCAUGUCAAGUUAUAUGUGAUCACGAAUACGUGUCGUGUUUUAUCCUAAAGUCAAUUUCAUCGCGGUUAAGAAAUGACAUGACAAUUUUAUCGAUAUCGAUAAGCGAUAUAAACGUGAACUAUUUAGGCUCGAAGCAUUUACCAUUUAACAGUUUUUAUUUCUUAAGAAUAUAAUAUAAUUAUGUUUUA